UCUGGUGAGUGCUUAAGGCUCUCGUGAGUUUGAGUUCUAUUAAUCUCAUUACCAUUUCUCGUUUUCUAAAGUCUCUUUCAUAUCAGGUGAAAGAUGGGUGUGCACUCGGUUACUUCACUCGUUGUGUCCUUCUUGUUAUUUUUCUCCGCUUCUUCUGAGAGCAAUGACGGAACAUUAAGAGUUGGCCUGAAAAAACUGAAGUUGGAUCCUAACAAUCGACUUGCCACACGCUUCGGUUCCAAGCAAGAAAAAGCCUUUCGUUCUUCCUUAAAAGAGUUCCGUUCAAACGACAAGAAUGCUGGAGAUGCUGACAUCGUCGCGUUGAAGAAUUACUUGGAUGCUCAGUACUAUGGUGAGAUUGCUAUCGGUACUCCACCACAGAAGUUCACAGUGAUUUUCGACACGGGGAGCUCUAACCUUUGGGUACCAUCAGGGAAAUGUUAUUUCUCGCUGUCUUGUUUCUUUCAUUCCAAGUACAAGUCCUCGCGGUCAAGCACUUACAAGGAGAGUGGAAAACGUGCAGCAAUCCAUUACGGCUCUGGAUCCAUCGCUGGUUUCUUCAGUUAUGAUGCUGUCACGGUUGGUGACUUAGUUGUCAAAACUCAGGAGUUUAUUGAGGCAACCAGUGAGCCUGGUUUAACUUUCUUGGUGGCUAAGUUUGAUGGUCUUCUUGGUCUUGGAUUCCAAGAGAUAUCUGUUGGAAACGCCACUCCUGUUUGGUACAAUAUGCUCAAGCAAGGUCUUAUCAAGAAACCAGUGUUUUCAUUUUGGCUUAACCGUGACACAAAGAGUGAAGAAGGCGGUGAACUUGUAUUUGGCGGUGUUGAUCCAAAGCACUUUAAGGGAGAACACACAUAUGUUCCUGUUACACGAAGGGGUUACUGGCAGUUUGAUAUGGGUGAGGUUCUCAUUGCCGGCAAAUCUACUGGAUACUGUGAAAAUGGUUGUUCUGCAAUAGCAGAUUCUGGAACAUCGUUACUUGCAGGGCCAACAGCUGUGAUUGCCAUGAUAAAUAAAGCUAUAGGAGCAUCUGGAGUUGUUAGCCAGCAAUGCAAAACUGUUGUUGAUCAGUAUGGACAAUCCAUUUUGGAUUUACUUUUGGCUAAGGCUCAACCAAAGCAUAUCUGCUCACAGAUUGGUCUUUGCACAUUCGAUGGCACCCAUGGGGUCAGUAUGGGGAUUGAGUCAGUGGUGGACAAGGAAAGCACAAAAUCAUCUAGUGGUCUCCGAGAUGCUGGUUGUGCUCCAUGUGAAAUGGCAGUUGUGUGGAUACAGAGCCAGUUAAUGCAGAACAUGACUCAAAAGCGUAUAGUGAACUACAUUAAUGAUAUAUGCGAACGCAUGCCGAGUCCUAAUGGAGAGUCUGCAGUUGACUGCUCACAACUCUGUAAAAUGCCUACUGUUUCAUUCACCAUUGGAGGCAAAGUCUUUGAUCUUGCUCCAGAAGAGUACGUACUGAAGAUUGGAGAAGGACCAGUGGCACAAUGCAUCAGUGGAUUUACCGCGCUUGACUUGCCUCCACCUCGUGGACCUCUCUGGAUACUGGGAGAUGUGUUUAUGGGGAGAUACCACACUGUCUUUCACUUUGGCAACGAGCAGGUUGGCUUCGCAGAAGCUGCGUAAACAAAUAACAAACUCGGUUCGGUUUCUUUUGUUAUGUGUUUGUGUGAAAGCUUUUGUUGUGUGUUGUGAUGUGAAACCUCUAUGCACUUGCCGACUUGUGUUAAACUAUCUCCCUUCUCAUCUGACUUGUGUUAAACUCUGUUUCUGUAAAUAUUUUGUUGUGUGUUGUGAUGUGAAACCUAUUUGCACUUGUUGACUUGAGUUAAACUCUCUCCCUUCUCA